AUGGAAGCAUCUGGAAAACUGCUGUCAUCAAGACUGCUUUCACUGCUUAAGAACAGACAAUGGGAAAGAGAUGAUGUUGUUAAGUUGUUUAAAGCCCUCGUGAAAGAAUUUAAUGGCAAGAAUGAAGAUUUUCACACAUGGAUGAUGAAAAUCAUUCAUCAAGUGGAGAUUCACAAAAUCCAAGUGUCGGAUUUGACUUUUCAAAAUGACAGUAAGAUUGUGGAUCAUAUUGAGGCCAAGAUUAAUGAAAUAGCCACAAACACUAAUGAGAAAACACUGGAUGAGAUUGUGGAGGAAAUUCGUAGACAAGGAAACAUUGAUGAAAGAAUUGUGGCAUGUGUGAAAAAUACUGUGUCUUCUGUGUCCACAUGUCUGUCAGCUUCUUCAGCACCACAUCUACAAGGAAUAAAGCAAAGUCUGUUUAAGCUCUGCAAAGCUGUAGAAAAGACAAAGAAAUAUAAACCUCGACUGACUCAGAUGGUGAGCUGGUGCAUUCUGGCUCUUUCUGAAUCAAGUCGGCUGGUUCAGGUUUUAACAGGAGAAGGAAAGUCGUGUAUCGUGGCAAUGUUUGCAGCAUAUCAGGUCACAAUGGGAAAAACCCCUGACAUCAUCUCCAGUUCUCCUGUACUUGCUGAGAGAGACGCUAAAGAAUGGUCUGCCUUUUAUAAGAGACUGAAUAUCACUGUUGACGUCAACACAAAUAAAUCAAAAGAUAAUGAGCUGAGGAAGUGCUAUGAAUGUCAGGUGGUUUAUGGUACGACUGACAGUUUUGCAGGUGAUUUUCUGAGACAACGCUUCCACAGAAAAGACGUGAGACCUAAGAGAGAGUUUCAGUGUGUUAUAGUGGAUGAGGUGGACUCACUAAUGCUGGACAAAGGUCUUGAAGUGGUCUACUUGAGCACUGAGGUUCCGCUAAUGGAAUCUCUUAAUGGAAUGUUGGCAAAUAUCUGGUUUGUCGUCAACCAGCUGAAGUGUUUAGACACUGGAGAAAUGUUAGGACCCAUUCAGCUCUUCUCCCAGGUUCUGUCUGAAAUCAUUACUGAAAAUAAAAACAUUGAUCAACUCAGUAUUGUUCAGAAUGCUGUAGAUGAAACAAAACAACUAGAUAAUGCAAGUGUUGGCCAAACAGAGGCAUUUCUAAACAUGUUUGUGAGAACAUUUCCUGAGUAUUUAUUUCAACUUUACCAGGAAGGGCCUGAUGGGAAUUUACAGAAACUAAAUGAGAUUAGUCCCACAGGUACAUAUAUGAAACAAGAAAUAUCUGUUCUUCUCCUGGGAAAUGGAAAAUGUCGCUUAGUGUACUAUGAGAAGGACUCUCUAGUCAAGUCACUGGGUAAAAUGAUCAAAGAGUGUUUGCAGUCUGAAUCAAAGGAACACAAUGAAUCUCGUAUCCCGGGCCUUCAAGACCUCAUUAAUGAAAAAGUACAAACUUGGAUUGAAAAUGCUCUGCUAGCCACCAAAAUGACUCUGGGCAAUGAAUAUGUCCUUCACGGAGAUGGAGUCUCUCCUGUUGAUUACGAAAGCACUGGUGUUGUACAAAACAACAUGAAAUGGGGGGAAGGACUUCAGCAGUUUCUGGAGAUGAAACACCAAACUAAACUGUCCAAUAUGAGUCUAAUAACAAACUUCAUGUCUAAUGUGGGUUUAUUUAAGAGAUACUCAAACAAGAUCUUUGGAAUCACAGGAACUUUGGGGGACCAAACCGAGCUUGAUAUGCUGAAGAAACUCUACAGUGGCAUUGACACCUGUAAGAUCCCCUCAUUUAGGCGAAGGAAACUUUAUGAACUUGGAGGCAUGGUGAUAAAAGACGUGAAAGAUUGGAUCAAGAUGGUCUGUAUUGUUGUUCAGGAUCAAGUGUCCUCCACCAUCUAUCGAGGUCCACGAGCAGCUCUCGUCAUCUGUGAAACAAUCAAACGUGCAGAAAUAUUUUACAGAGGCCUUGCAAACACCAUCCCAUUAGACAAACUAAAACUUUAUGUGAAUAACAACAUAGAUAACGCUAAAAUAACAGAUUCAACAGUCCAAGCAGGAGAUGUCAUCAUUGCAACUAAUCUAGCAGGUCGAGGUACAGACCUAAAGGUUUGUGAAAGCGUAAAUGAGGCAGGAGGUCUGUUUGUGAUGCAAACCUUCUUACCUCUGAAUGUCCGUGUAGAAGACCAAGCCUUUGGACGAACGGCUCGUCAAGGGAGUCCAGGAUCUGCUCAAAUCAUCAUGUGUGCCAGUCAUUUUUCUGACUUGACCCAACAAGUGUUGAACAUAAACACACCUCUAACCAGCUUACUCAUACUUCAGUGUUGCUUAAUAACACAAGUGUUACAUUGGAUCAUACAAAUGUUACCCUGGGUCACAGAAUAUCAAUUUGAGGAAAAUGUUAAUCGCUACCUGGGAAAUCACAGUUCUGAAACUCACGAGGAAAUGAUCAGUGCUCUGACAUGCCUUUUAACCAUGAAUUCAUUCCCAUUUCAGGGACGUAAUCUGGAAAAGGCAAAAGAAGCCAGAAACACAGCGGUUAACACCAGACUGUCAAGGUUUCUUGAAAAAAAUAUUCCAGAAAUCAUAAAAAAGGAAGAGUUUUUUUCUGUUUACCUUGAUGUUUUGGAUAAUGUUUAUGAAGAUGUUUUAUCAGACCAGCGUGAUGUAAUUGUUCCCUGUCUUCAUGAGUGUUGGGGUUUGUGGCUCCUGAUACACUUCAGUGAGGAAAAGACCAUUGAGAUGCUGAAGGAACAGCUGAAGGUGGACUUAUCAAGUGCAAAGGGUACACUUUUGAGCAAACAGUCCCCAUCCUCCAUGGUCUACUAUUACAUCAGGUCUGGGAACAACUUCCGUGAGAAGGGACACUUUACUGAGAGCAUUGAGAUGUACACCAGAGCUUUGGAGGAUGGUGCAUCUGGAGAGAUUAUACCUCUUUAUAAUCGUGCACUUGCCACUAUCAGAAAGAAAGACACUGGAUAUAUUGCUCAAGCAUUGGCUGACCUGGAAAAGGCUGACAAAGCAAUAGUCUCCUGUAAGUCACAUCUGGCACAGAUUCUGACUUACAUUAAAUUAUCAAGUCAAGAACCAAGAGCAGAAGGUAGUACUUUACUCACCACUCAGUUCCAAAUGAAGAGUAUGGUUGUAGAUCUACUCCAGAUGAACAUUCAAGAUGCUGUAAUGAAGUUGAAGAGAGCUGAAAGCAGAGGAGGAAAUGUGAGUUUGACUGAAAAACUUACAUUCUUUCUUGCAGAACACUUUGUUUUCAUUCCUCCAAGACUUCUGAAAGAGCUGCUAAUGGAAUUAAUGCAUGUCAAGUCAUUGGGUCUUGACACCAUUUUCUCUUUGGACACCAUGUUUUCUUUCAGUGGCUUUGUGUCAAAGAUCUUAAAACGAUGGGCAGUUCCUUGA